UCCAUCAUUAACCCGGGGCUACUAAGCUAGUCCGGGCUAUGGCUGCACCCAUCGCACAUUUCGACGAAGACUGGCCAAUAUUGGGUGAUUUGAGCAUGGUUUCAGACCAGCGGCUGCAGCUGCCGCAGAAAGGCCGAGUAGAAAGCGCCUCUGCGGGGGGAGCAGCGCCGCGGCUGCUCCUCCCGGGUGAUGAUGAUAUCCCCGAUCUGCAGGACGGCAGCUUCUCCCCGGGGGAAACCGGUUCUUUCAGGUCUAUGGAGGAUCUUGUGAACGAUUUUGACGAUAAGUUAUCCGUGUGCUUCCAGAAUUUUAACGCCAAUACAGACAGCAUUGCUCCUGUGAGUGUGAUAACAGAGGAGUCCCUGCUGGAGAAAGACGAAAUCUGGAAGGUUUUAACCAGUAACUAUGGGCAUGUGAUGCCGGUGGAUUGGAAACAGUCCCGAACAUGCUCCCUCCACAAACCCUCAUACAACCUGGAGGAGAAGCCUAGAAAGACUGAUGUCACGGUAGAGCUGUCGGACGAUGAGGAGCUGAGGGAGCAGCUGGACAUGCACUCCAUCAUCGUCUCCUCCCUUGCAGACGAGCCGCUUUUCACAGCCGAGCAAGUUAUCGAGGAGAUAGAGGAGAUGAUGCAGGACUCUCCUGACAUGGAGGCAGGCCACAACCCCUCUCAGUCAGACCUCUCGAUGCUCUCUCUGGACGUCCAGCGCUGCACCAGGAGCCCCAGCUACGAGUCCAGAGUGAGGUCUCUGAGUGUUGCGGAGCUGAAUGAACGUCUGGAGGAGACGGAGACGACCAUCAGGAUGUUCUCAGAGGAGCUGGUUCUGCAGCUGGCUCUCAGGGACGAGCUGGACUUUGAGAAGGAGGUGAAGAACAGCUUCAUCUCAGCGCUCAUUGAUGUACAGAACCGACAGAAGGAGCAUCGGGAGCUGCUGAAGAAGAAGAAGAAACUUAAAGCAGGAGCCGGGACGUCGCAGGGACACGCAGAGAAGAACCAGGGAUCACGCUUCAGCGUGGAGGGAAUCUCCUCUGUCAUUCAGAACAGCUUCCGGCAAACCUUUGGGAGCGGCUGCAGUGAAAGACAGUAUUUGACCACAGUCAUCCCAUACGAGAAAAAGGGACACCCACCCUCCCUUGAGGACCUCCAGAUCCUGACAAAGAUCCUACAAGCGAUGAGAGACGACAGUGACAAGGUGCCCAGUCUCUUAACAGACUAUAUUCUUAAAGUGCUUUGCCCAACGUAGGCCAGAGGGACGGUGCCCAACGCUGGAGAGACUUGAGAUAGUUUACCAUGGCAACAAGAGGAAGAGGACUCAUUGUAUUUUUUGCAGACAUGAAGCACACUUUAAUUAGAUCCUGCAUGUUUUUACCUCAAGAUGUAAUUUUUUGUGUUCUUCUCUUCUUUAUUUAUUUUGUGUUGAGCAUUGUGAUUUUGCAAACCUCUUGUGUUCCUGUCAUUUUUACCUAUUUUCAAUGUUUGAUUUUCCUGCACUCUGAAAGAGCAUCUUAAAAAUGUUAAAUUAUAUUAAAAAAAACCCAGAUUAAUAUAUGUGGGUUGUAAAAGCUGCUCCGUUUGUAACUGAGCUCUGCUUGCUGGUAAUAAGCAUUGCAUAGGGCUUUGUAUUUGUCUGAAAUGAUUAACUGAGCAAUGAACAAAUGCACAAAGCAUGUUGAAGUUGCAGUAAUAAAGGUGCUUUUGAAGCAUCAUAACUGCAAAGCAUAAACAGGAGAUUGAAAAAUAUUCUUACAAUCCCCAUGAGGAAAGUAUUACAGCAGCACAUAAGACAGUAGAGAGGUAUGAGAGAACAGGAAAAAGAUACAAACAAAAAUAAUGCAAUAAUUAAAAAAUAUUACCUUUAACCAGGAUGCAUAAACAUCAUUUGCAAAACCACCAUAUGAUUUAUGCAGCCGACAAAGUGUUUAUCUGCAUUCAUCUGAGUAGAUCACUCCAUACAUCUUCAUUGUAUGGAAGAUAAAGUGUUGAGGAAAUGUUUGAACUGAAAAUAACAAACUGACUAACUAUGCAUUUGAAUUGUGACCCACACUGUCUGUACUUCCUGGACGCUGUCUGUAACUCUGAAUCAGAGGCUGGAGCGUCGGCGUGCCUGCUGCGCACAGGGCAGCCUGUUAUUCUCUGUGUUCUUUUAUAUGUACAAACUGCCUUUGGUCUUUGCCUGAACUUUUGUACAUUUUAAAUGACUUGUUUUCAAUGAAUGUGAAAUGGACUACUUACAGAGCCUGCUUCAUUGUUAUUUAUUUUGUAAAUAUUUUUGUUUCAAAUAUAUUGAUAAAAAUCACA